AUGACCGACAUCCGAUCGACGCCGGCGGGAUCGAUACCGCCGGUGAACCCUGCUCCCGUGGGCCUUGAUGCCGUCGUUCCAUUCCAGAUCGACGCGCUGGACGCGCGCGGCCGCGCCGUGCUGCUGGGCGAUGCGCUCGACGGUAUCCUUGCCCGCCAUGACUAUCCCGAACCGGUCGCCCGCCUUCUGGGUGAGAUGACGGUGCUGACGGUGCUUCUGGGCACCUCGCUCAAGUUCGAGGGCAAGUUCAUCGUCCAGGCGCAGACCGACGGCCCGGUCUCGCUGCUCGUCGUCGAUUUCGUCACGCCGGGCACGGUGCGCGCCUAUGCCAGGUUCGACGAGGGUGCGGUCGAUGCCGCGGUUGCGGCCGGCCACGCCCGGCCCGAAGACCUUCUGGGCACGGGCACGCUGGCGCUGACCGUCGACCAGGGCGCCUACAUGAACCGCUAUCAGGGCAUCGUUCAACUCGACGGGGCUUCGCUCGAGGAGAUCGCGCGCAACUACUUCCGCCAGUCCGAACAGAUCCCCACCGAGCUUCGCCUCGCCGUGGGCCGGCUCUCCGUGCGCGGCGAUGACGGGUCCAUGCGCCAGUUCUGGCGUGCCGGCGGAAUCGUCGCCCAGUUCCUGCCCGAUGCGCCCGAGCGCAUGGGCGCGACCGACCUGCAUCCGGGCGAGGCGCCCGAGGGCGUCGAGAUUCCGACGCUCGAGGACGACGAUGCCUGGUCCGAGGUCAAGGCGCUGGUCGGCACGGUCGACGAUGACGAACUGAUCGACGAGGGCGUCGGCGUGCACGCGCUGCUGUUCCGGCUUUUCCACGAGCGCGGCGUCCGCGUCUUCGAUGCGCAGGACAUCCGCGAGAAAUGCACCUGCACCCGCGACAAGGUGGCCGGCGUUCUUGCGUCGCUGUCCGACGAGGACGUUGCCGAGGCGACCCGUGACGGCAAGAUCACGAUCACCUGCGAAUUCUGUUCGACCGUCUAUGAGUUCGCGCCCGGUGACGCGAAAACGUGA